CUUACCAUUGUCGUUAUAUUUAUGCAACUUGGAGUAUCUAAAGCGUAAUUUUAAUUUGGACUUUGUGUGAUUGUGUUAUAUUUUCUUAUAUCAGCUUUAAAUGCGAGUGAACUUACAAUUACUUGUGACUAAUUGCCAAUUAAUUGCGUAUGUAUACAACCACAAUUUGAGUUGUGUUUUGUAUGAAAGAGAAGCGAAGAGCGGUGAUUUCUGUGUUGAGGCUUUCGUUUGAAAUCUGGAAAAUACUCUUCAAGGAUUUUAUUACAAGAACGCGUUUGUUGUUUAUUUAUUUUUAUUUUAGAUGAUUAAGUUCUAUUUUGAAAAGAUGUGAUCACUGAUAAAUUUAAUUAAAGUCAGAAAUUACGGAUCCGCUUUAUGUGCGGCGAAUCGAGGGGUGAUCUCAAAACAUAGAUUCAUCUACUCUCAUAAUGAAACAUCAAAACAUGUAUCAACAAAAUAAUAUGGAUUACAAACAGGCUGGAAUUCCAGUGAACUUAACAAAGCCACCAAUGUCACCAAGCGGAGUUAACACAAACGCAUUGCACAUGUUCGACAACAAUGUGCAACAGAUUAUUCAGUCGGUGACCAACAGCCGACAUCACGGGCUGCUAAACCAACACCAACAACAACUACAUCACCAGCGGGAAGUUGUGAUAGGAACAGUAAGGCAUCCAGCGCCCAACAUGCCUAGUCAUAAAGGGUAUUACUUUCCAGUAAACAAUGGGAAUUCCAAAGGUUCAGAGUACAGUCCAAGAUCCAGCAUAGGGACUGCAGGUGACUCGCAGAAUUCUAGUCCAAGUUCAAGCAUCAUUACCACCUCACAGCCACCUCCACCAUAUGGAUCAUUCAACAUGAAUCCAAACAGAAACAGUAUUGCGAGCAACAUAUCUAGCUUAAGCAUAGAUUCUAUGCGUGGCUCUUCAUCCCCAAGGCUAGUAAGUCCGAGAAACUCUAUGGUGAUACAAGAGACGCAGAUGAAACAUCGUUUUAUAAAUGAGCCUGCACAUCCAUCAGCCUAUACGGACCCAAGAAUUAAUGCUUUAUUUUAUCAACAGACAUUGCCACACGUUAAUGUUUCAUAUCAAACGCCUAUGGGCACUAACGGAAAUUCUAUAUACAUUGAACCGAGGAACUAUGUGCAAGGAUCCCCACCCCCUGCAAUUCCAAAAAGAAUUCCAAAAACAGUACCAAAAAGUAAUUCCGAGAGACAAGUGGAUAUUUUGACCGAACAGUUACAACACAGUAUGAAUAUGGGAGUACAUGUAGGUGACAGUGUUCCACCUCCCCCACCAUAUCAUGGCCCUCAUAAAACUGAACCUAUGCCCGGGCUGCCCCCAAGAAACAUUCCACCAAGUUUUGCAAAGCAGCCAAUGCAGUUACGGGUACUUGGAUCAUCUGGGUCUCCCAUACCCUCAGUAUCGAACCCUGGACUACAGAACAUCUAUAGGACACCACCAAAGCCAACUGGACCAACUAGCGCUGAGCGAAAAAUGGAAGAAUUGACAGAGGAAUUAGAAAAAGAAAUGGAGGCAGCAUCCAAAGGUGGAGAAUACUUUGGUCCAUGCAUGAGUUGUAAGCAGUCUGUGAUCGGAGCCAGUGAGGCGUGUCAGGCGAUGGGAAACCUUUACCACACCCGGUGUUUUACAUGCACAUCCUGUGGUCGCACGUUACGAGGGAAAGCGUUUUACAAUGUUCAUGGAAAAGUCUAUUGUGAGGAGGACUAUCUAUAUUCCGGUUUCCAGCAGACGGCAGACAAGUGCGUAGUCUGCGGACAUUUAAUUAUGGACAUGAUUUUACAAGCGAUGGGUAAAUCAUAUCAUCCGGGCUGCUUCCGCUGCUGUAUGUGCAAUGAGUGUCUAGAUGGGGUACCGUUCACUGUAGAUCAUGAAAACCACGUCUUCUGUGUCGCAGACUUCCAUAGAAUGUAUGCUCCAAAAUGCGCAGCCUGUGGACAUGCUAUCACUCCAGUAGAGGGAACGGAGGAGACAGUGCGAGUGGUUUCCAUGGAGAAAAACUUUCAUGUAGAUUGCUACCAAUGUGAGGACUGUGGCGUGCAGCUGACGGAUGAGCCAGACAAGCGAUGCUAUCCGCUGGACGAUCACCUGUACUGCCAGAUGUGUCACAUUAAACGACUGAGUCUUGAGUACCCAAACGAACAAUUCUACAUUGAUCCAUACACAUCCAACAUCCUCAACAAGACCACAGGCAACCAACGGGACAGCAUUUCAAUCAUGCCGGCGGCAAUGUCUUCCUAUCCACAGAAUAUGCCGGCGGCACAAAAGAAUUCCAAUUCAGGCGGCGACGCAGGAAAUUUAGGCACUCCGAGAAAUGUAACGAUGAACGGAGCAACAUUUUCCCCACCGCCCCCGAUUCCGUCUUCCAGUGGUGUUGAAGUUCCUCCUCCACUUCCCCCACAUCGGAAAAUCAUGACUAAUGGAAUGAAUGGCUAUGACUCUACUGCCAAAAACACGUACCCCAAGGCUAUGCCUCAGGCACCGCCAAAUGGAAUGAAGUAUACCAUCACAGACCUAUAGGCCUCAUAGUGAAGGUUGAAUGGGGCUUUCUUAUUGUUGUUUUAGGAUUUAUAGCGCCUUAAAGGGAUAGUUUCAGAGUUUUUGGCUUUGUGAGGUGUUAAUUUAUAAAAUUUAAUGUUUGUCCUCCUCUUUAAUACUUGUUACUUGGUGUUUUAACGUGUUUUAACGUUUAAAAAGUAAAUUGAAGCUUGAACAAAGUGAAAUAUUUGCCCAUAUUUGUUCAUUUGUCCAGGAAAAAAUAACAACCCUCUACAUACCAAGAUAUUGGUUCGCAAAAAGGCAUUAGGACUCUUCAUAUUGUUUGCUUGCAAAAGAGCGUAACAGAAAAAGUCAUAAUUGAAAAAAAAAAUCCAGCCCAAACUGUGAAACUUCUGCUUUGAAUAUUUUGCAAUAUUUUAUUAAUUCUUAGUACCAAGCAUAAGAUGGCGGCAGUGCAAGCUUUCUCUAAGUGUUGCGAAUAUUUUAGAUUUCUGUAAAAGCACAUUUUGAGAAUACAGUCAUAUUUGCAUAAUUAAGUGCUAAACUUUGCAUAAUUCUUCUGCAGCUGUUGUGUAAUAAUGAAUUGUAUAUGUUAAAGACCAUUGUACAGGCUUUUAACGGAUGGAUAUGUAAUGUGGAACUGAAUUGUAUGUUGAAUCUUUGUGAUAAAUUGCAUAGAUAUGUUUCAAAAUUCCUUUUGUUUGAUUUCUUACAAUGACAUCACAAUAUAAAGCAAUAAUGUAUUGGGAGUCAAAGCUGCAAUGAUUUAGCUAAAACUUUAUCAAAUUUCUAUCAUUCUUUAGAUGGAUGUUACAAAAGGACCUUGUUCUGAGAAAACUGGGCUUAAUACAUGUGCAUGAAUGUGUCCCAAGAUUUGCCUGUGCAGUCCACACAGGCUUAUCAGGGACGACACUUACUGCUUAUUUGUAUUUUAUUGUUUAAAGGAAGCUUCUUCAUAGCGAAAAUCCAAUGUAUGCUGAAAGUGUUGCCCCUGAUAAGCAUUUGCCGACUGCACAAGCAAAACCCAAAAAUUCACGCACAUGCAUUAAAACUGUUUUUCAAGAACAUUUUGAAACAUUUAGGAUACAAAAGUGUAAUUUUCAACUCUCAUAUUAUCAACACCAGUUGUACUGCAAAUAAGCGAUCGCAUAAAAAAUCUGUGUAAGAAUGUGGGAUCCUAUUUUUUCGGAAAACACAUCUACAAUUUCAAUGCUUCUUUUAUCACCGUUUAAGUCAAGCCCUUAGUCAAAUUGACCAUUAAUAAGUUUGGUAGAUAAACUAUGCAUUUUUGCUUCUCUCUCUGUGUAUACUAGACCAACCUAAAAAAUGAUACGAAUUUUGGGUGGAAACAAUAGCGCUUAUAUGCAAUAAAUUAAGGUACAUUUCAAAGGUAGACAGAUUCUUUUCUAAUAUACAUUUGUGUACAUUGAUAAACUACAACUUUUAAGUUUCAUCAUAAUUUUUUAUGACAGAAAGUAGAAUGUGUUGCCGAGUAGGAGUCAACAAAAAUAUGUAAACCUUUGACAUGUCUCAAAACAGGGUAAAUAAUUGGCCAAGCGUAGCAUAAUGCAAUACGAAUUUUAAUCCAUCAGAUUUAUGGUUGCUAUGACUUGUAUUGUAUACAUGUAAGUAAUCUCAUAGGCAUAUUUUAUUGUUGUCAAUAAAUAAAACUAGCUAUUUUUAUUGCAGAAUGAAUUUAGUUUUCACUUGCAAAUUAAUCUCUAAUUCACCCUCUUGACAUCAGACAUCCACAUUUUUUUCUCCAAAUGCAAAGGAACUAAAAUCAUCAGUCUGAGGCAGGAAUAAAACAGUGCAUGUAUUGGUACUUAAUAAAAAAUAAUGCUUUUUGAAUGCAUCUUAUUUGGAGGCAAAAUAUAACUUUGCUUAGCAUGACAUUUACAAUCGAUAACCUGAACCUUUUUUUCAAGUCGCAUUAAAGUACUACAAGUUGAUUUUGAUGUUAACCAUGGAGACUUAAAAAAACAAACUUUUCCUGUGUUUUGAAGUUUCGUCAGCCAAGAAUUCAUUUUUACAAUAGUUUAUAUUUUAGUGGUAAAAAUAGCCAAACAAAUACUGAUGACUACUAAAAAUUAUGUUUGAUAUUCCAAUUUAAACGAAGUAUAAUUUUAUAGGAAAAGUUAUUUCUGGUAUGUUUUAAUUAUUCUUCUCUUGCAAUGUUCAAUUAAAACAAUGCUUUCCUGUUGUAUUGUAAAUACAUGAUGAAAGUAAAGUGUGACACUGCGGUAUCUGCUAAGACUUCUCCAAUAAAUACAUCGGUUUUACACUAUUUAUGCAUGUGCAGUAUAAACUAUUCUUGUGAUGUAAAGGUGGUCUUCUAUAGAAGCACUUUUUUUUCUUGUGUUCAACAUAUAUAUUGUUCAUGACACAGUUGUCUCUUAAUAUUUAUUACAAAUCCAUAUUAAUAAGUUAUUGCCAUUUUCAUGACAAACAUUUUAUCAUUAACAUUUUACAAAUAUUCUUUCACUUCAUGAACGUGUUUAUGACUAUACCUUAUUUAUUGAUACACUGUUGUUUAUUUUAUCACAAUUUUGUCUGAAUGUUUUUAUUAUUUUGUUGUUUGUCAUCAUGCCAUCUUUGAUAAUGUCAUUUCUGAAAUCUGUCACAUAGUUAAUGGUAUGUUGUUACUUUUGUGGUACCAUCACACAAGAUCUGUGAAUAUUAAAUUUUAUGUAAAUAAAGCAAUGCUCAAAGUC